ACGACACCACGCAGUUCAUCCGGGACUACACGCGGCCGCUCUUCAGCAACAACAACAACAGCACCAACACCAACAACAACAACAACACCAACAGCAACAGCAGUUCAAGAAAAAGAGUUCUCAGCACCAUGGAAACUCUCAGGCUGGACAGAAUGGAAAAAGAAGUACUGGACAGGGUAGUCCUUUGGACGCUCUGUUCCAGAUGACGAGCAAGACCUUCGACGCUGGUGAGCACAGUCAAGAGCAAGCGAAUCACUUAAACCUAUUCAACAAUCGUCAGCAACCGAAGAAAAAACGCAAAAGUCGGACCGCGUUUACGAAUCAACAGAUAUACGAGUUGGAGAAACGUUUUCUUUAUCAAAAGUACUUGAGCCCGGCGGAUAGGGACGACAUAGCGCUUAAGUUGGGUUUGAGCAAUGCCCAAGUGAUCACGUGGUUCCAAAACAGAAGGGCGAAACUCAAGAGGGAUAUGGAGGAGCUAAAGAAGGAUGUUCAAACGGUGAAUCCUCUUUUGGUUGCUCAACAUCACAAGACAUUCUUGGAGAACGUACAGGAUCUUGGGAUCUUAAAGAAACGACCGCUACCGAGUUCGAUGGAAGAGAAAUCGUAGAGGAAAAACAUUUCAAUUCUCGAUUCGUCAUUAUUUUUAUUGUAUCGAUCACGAUCGAGACGUAAUCGUGAUCGAGACGGACGGAUGAACGAAGGAACGAACGAACGAACGAACGAACGAACGAAUGUUUUUCGAUCGAUAGUCGAUGUUCUUUUACUAUUUUUUCUUUUUUUUUUGUUUUAUUUUAUUUUCUUCCUCCUUGUCCUCCUCCUCCUCCUCCUCUUCUCCCUUCUUCUUCUUUUUCCUUUUCAAGGAGAUCGUGAAUCACAAGACACAAGAUGGCCGUUCCAUCUAACGAAAUCCUUCUUUCGAAAUCAUAAAAGAAACGAAUGCGACGAGACGAGUUUUAAUCUUCGACGAAAGGACUUUUUCGAUGCUAUCGAUUUCCCGAGUAAUCACCUUUAAGUUUUCUUCUUUUUUUUCUUUUUUUUUUUCUUUUUCUUUCCUUUUAUUCUCACAAAAUACUUGUGCGGAGAUUAGGAUUAUACUGGAUGAAUGAUGAGCGUGGUCACGUGAAUAGAUUAUUACGACGACACGAAAAACGUUUUCUGGAGAGUCGAGAAAGGAAAUAAUAAUAAUAAAUGAAAAAAGAAAAAAAAAACAAAAAAAACCAUAAAAAUACCGAAAAAAAAAUAUAAAAAAAAGGGAAAAACGAGAAAACGGAAAAAAAAUAUAUCAAACGGAAAAAGAAAAAUAACACUCGGAGUAAUGUUGUAAUUAGGUAAUCCCAUAUAUUUAUUUGUAUAGAAUUUGUGAUUUAUUUAGUUCGACGUUCGAAAACAAUUAUAUUAUUCUAUAGAUUCGUAUACUUACAUGCAUAUAUUUACUGGCGCGCGAAGGAGAUUAUAGAAGUUAGAAAAAGUAUUAAGACGAACUUGGGAAAUUCAGUAUUAAUAAAGUUCUCGAAUGUAAUUACGUUAACGUCAAAGCGUGUGAAAUGAACGAAUGUAAUGCAACAAUUGUGGGAUUUAAUUUUCAUCGUGAUCCGCGCUCGUAAACGAAGCCAAUGGAAAAGAUCGGGCAUCGAUGCGACGAAUUGUAUAAUACUGUAUUUAUUACAAGAAAGAGAAAGAAAGAGAGAGAGAGAGGGAGAGGGAGAGGGAGAGAGGGAGAGAGAGAGAGAAAAAAAACAUAGAAAGAAUCUCCGAAA